AUGGACCAAGGCGUCAUUCAACACACAAGGAAGAUUUACCGCCACCACCUGCUCGAGCGCAUGCUCCUUUGCUUCGACAACGGCAAGGAGUACUCCAUCGACCUCCUCGGGGCCACAUGUGUUAUUGUGCAUGCAUGGAGGCAAGUAGAACCCACUUUGGCCAUGCGGUGUUUUGAACACGAUGGCUUCUCGAAGGAAAGCACCGUCAAUGCUGAUACUGACUAUUCACGUGCACUUGAUGAAGAAGGAGCUGAGUAUUGUGACCGCAUUAAUGCACCCUGCGCAGAGAUACCGAAUCCAGUGCAGUUGGCUUCGCCGAGUAUCAGAACUUUGAAAAAGAUCGACAAACAUGCUACUCAGAUUUGGAGUGUGAAGCUACCGCUGAUGCGGCCAAUGUGCGAUCACAGCGACAACGGCGGCUCUAACAAGCCCUUCCGAGCACCCGCUCUCGGGGAAGUUAUCGAAUCGCUGAACGUUAUCCGCAGUUUUGUUGAGUGCUACUGUGGAAAUUCUGAAAUGCUGCAUGUAGUUGGCCAACUGGAAAUAACGUGA